UACAAGUCGUAUGUCGAAAUGGAGACAGACCUGAUCCUGUCACCUCCUGACAGGCCAGUCCUGCCAGAGCCGUUUCUGUCCGCUAGUCAGCUCGCAGCUGAGUCUCUGUCCCCAGUCUGCAGACAGGUUUUGCUCUCAGACGGUGACCGUGAGGCUAUGGAGAAGGCUGUGUGGAUGGCAGAGAAACAUCCUCAGUGUGUUGCUGAAUUUCUCCUGGCAGAACCACAGAUAUCUAGCCCUUCAGUCAGAAGUCAGUCUCUCCCAGAGCUUCUCUCAUUACUGGAGGCCGAGAGAGAAACUCAGAGCACUGACUCGCUCACAAACCCACAGAGACUGUCCACAUUUACCCUGCUACCCCAGAAGCCCACCCAGUGGUCACUUACUGAGCCCAUGACUGUGGAGCAGCACACAGUUGCUGAUACAGGGAAGGAUCCUGCAGAGCAGUUUUCAUUGCUCUCUCUCAUUCAGAUCGAUGAACUGCUGAAAACGUCUGCUGAAAGAGCUGUCCAGGAUCUUCCAGUCAGUGUGAGGGAGGGAUCAGUCCACAGCAAAGCUGUACUGACUUCUGUGCCCAGCCGUGUGGAGGCGGGCAAAGCUGUGAAGUUCAUGCUGCUGGAGGAAGCUCCUCAGAAACAGAGCACCAUCUCCGAGAGCAGAGAAACAGCAACAGAACCAGCGGCUGCUAAUGAGUUUCUGCCAAAUGACACUCGAAGUGGGGUGAUCUCGAGUACUCCCAUUAGUACCGAGAAUCUCAACCAUCUCUCUGAGAACACACCCAAAAAAGAAGAUAGCAUUCAUCUAAAGACCGAUCUGAACCAACUUCCUCACACACCUGCAGAAAGACACGGAGGGAUACCAUCAAAAACUCCACUGGAUCCUCCAGACGACCUCGAGGUGGCCAAGGUUACACCUGUAGAGCAAAAACUAGAAGAAAGCCUCACAUCCACAGCAUCUGUUUCUCUGGCGCAGUCUGUUCGUCAGGGAGGAGAGAGUGAACCUAAUCCAGCAGCAUUACAGAGCAGCUGGAGGAGCUUCUCUGUCUCUAAACCUCAGGAGGACCUUGAUCCUCUGUCCUCGUUUAUAAUGUUAAGAACUGUGCAGAGGAGUCUGGUAGUUCAAAAACCUCCACAGAUCCCCCUAAACACAGCAGUUGCAGACCCGGCUCAGAAGUACAUGAGAGAGCCCACCCCAGUUUUAGGAGUAUCAGAAAAGGCCAAGAACAGUAAAGCCAGUCUUGGCAUCACAGAAAAAGCCUUCAGCAAAACCAUCUAUGUUCAGGCUACAGAGAAUGAGAGAUUUGCAUAUUUUGAGCUGCAUGCGUUGGCCCGGCCAUCCCUCAGGAGAGUGCGUGAGUUGGACCAGAACGCUCUGAGAAGGAAGGACUUCACCAGCCUGACGCCUGAAGACACGCGAUUCUACCUGAAACAGCAGGAGAAGCUGCUCAGCAUGAGUCGGGGCAGGGAGUGUGUAUAUGAUGAUAUGGCUCUGCUUCACAUUCUGGUGAGGGUGAAGGAAUUGCUGCUCAGGUGUGACCUCACCACUGCGAUCGAUUACAUGGAGGAGGCACAGUCCACGUGUUCAAUGGGAGGUCUGAAAGAGUUGCUGAGGAGGCUCCAGGUGCUGCAGUAUGUGACCUACAGGAAGGAGGAGCAGGAGCCCAGCCCCAGAGUGCUGCACCUGCAGGAGCAGAUGAGCACUUAUUUGCAGAGAAACACCUCCAACACGGUUCUGGUGGUAGCAGCUACGGAGCGUGUGAGGGCAGAGCUGGUAACAGCCCUCAGUCAGGUACCAGGAAGCUGUGUAUCCACUGUUCUACCUGGGGGCCUGAACAAAGUGGACAGUAGAACAGUUAUAGACAGUCUUUCCUGCAGUCGGAGUGUCAUAGUGUGCCGUCAGCAGAUUGGAUCUGAUUUCCCCUGGCAGAAGUUCAGUGUGGUGUUGGAGCUUGACUCCUUGUGUCAUUCCACCAUCAGCAGCUUCUGCUCACAGAACAACGUCAACUACAUCUGCUUCUGCACAGCAACGCCGAAGACAGAGGCAGCCGUUUCCCCUCAGGCCUAUCUGGACAGUGUACCUUUUCUGGUGUUCGUCACAGAGGGUUUGCUGAAGCACUCAGACUUGCUGCAUCUGCUGGAGUCAACGUAUAAUAUGACUCUGCUGGAGAGGAGCUACAGUCAGUCUAUGCAAAAGCUGGAAUCACCUGACCGGUAUGAUGUCAUUACGGUGGAUGAAAAAACAGCCAUUCUCCUGCAGGAUCUGGAAGAGCUGCAGCGGGAGAAAGCGUCAAAUUCUGUGGUGAUUAGACUUUCAGCUCUUUCUCUGCAGUUCACCCGCUGCUGGAUAAUACUGCACUGCGGCGAACAGCACAGCAAACUUGUGUAUGGCGAUACGUUCAAUAACCUGGUGCUGAUCUACUCGUCCUUCGUGCUGUUUGGACUCAAGUCAGAGGACCUAGAUGUAAAGGUUUUUCUCGUGCGUGAUGUAGCAGACAUAGCCUGGUAUGUGUAUCAGAUCUGCCUGCACACUCUACUGAGCUCAGAGAAGAGUGUGUGGAGCUGGCUUGACCGGGAUUGGUUCAGUGUGCUGCAGACAGAGGAGGAGAGCUGUUUGGUUUGUUUUCCGUGCAUUAAUCCUUUGGUAUCCCAGCUUAUGCUGAGGAGAGCUCCUUCUCUGCAGUGGCUGCUGGAAGCUUCAUUCUCUGAGCUCAAGGACAAAUUCCCUGAGAUACCACACAAAGUCUGCAAGCUCUUCAGUGAUGUUACAGCUCUCCACAGACUCAGUGCUGCCCCCUCUAAAUCUGAGCCUGAAAACGCAGCUCCACUACAGUCUAAUGACAACCUGUGCCCUCCUCAUCCUCAGCUCCCUCACUGGGCUGUAAAUGGAGAUGAGCCUCAUUCAGACUCGCUCACUGACACACAGCUGUUCCUCACAUCCUCGUCCACUGAGCUGAGCAGCCCUGAGUCUGUCCAGCAGCAGGGCGCUGUGGAUACAGGCUGGCGUGGGACAGUGGGUGGAGCCUCUGUGGGUCAGUCAGAGUGUGCGUGUAACUCACACUUGCAGCCAUGGCCUGGAGAACCUGCUCAGAAUGAGCGCAACGCAGACUCCUUUGGUGACGGAGAGGACCAGUGGACAGUGGACGCUUCGUCUCUGUCAGCCCCAGAUCUCUCUUACUCACAUACCCACAUUCUACAUACUGAGUGUCCUGCCCCCGCAGUCCUGCUGGGUCAGAUUUCACCUGUGGAAGAGACGGAAAUGCUGCCCCCGCCGCUGUGGAGAAGCAGUGCCUGUGGAACAAGCAGCAGGGGGCAGCAGAGUAACGCCUACAGCAUCUCACCCCAGUACCAGCAGGGCGCCGAGAGGAAGAGACCAGCGCGAGAUGCUGCAGGAGAGACGGUGUUUCCACAGUGUAAGAGAGGGAGGCUUCUGUUUGAGAGAAUACCAGGACGGUGUGACGGACAAACGCGGCUCAGGUUUUUCUGAACGCCUGCUUUAGUUUUAUCCUACACAUCCUGUCAUACACGCUUCAGACUGACGUGUUGGCUGUAACACCGCCCUGAAGACCCUUUAUUAUACCUAGACCCAUGUGCUGUUCCACGCACGGGACUCAAACCUACAGAGACGGAUAUGUGUUCACAUUAAAAGUUUCAUUUUCUUAAUUAUAAU